CAGUCUUAACAAAGGUCGGUAUUUACGUAGGCCUAUACUGCGUCUUCACGCUUUAGCCACAAUGCCAAAAAUAAACACUAAGCGCACGACCGCAGCAUUUUCGAGCACAUCCGUUAUGUUCUCUACAAGCAAUUCUGGCUGUUUUCAGUGAAUCGCAUCCGUUUCAAGGAAGACCGCAUCAUGGCACCAGACUAAAAAAUGGCAAUUGGAUUGCUAUGACUGUCAUGUGCUUUCUCAGAUCCGCGUUGUUCAGCAAAGACUCACCAAAUAAGCAGUCUUUGUCAAUUAUAGGCUGGCUGCGCGGGACACUUCUAUCCGACGCAUUCGGUGACGGUCCCUUAUACAGGAUGUACGGCUCCACUUGGCCAGUCCAGCGGUCACCUGAUCGUCCAUGCUGGGAGAAUGGAUAUGUCAGUGAUGCAAAGUUGCCUCCGAAACUGGGCUUUGAUAACCUGGGCUAUGUCCCAGGGAGCCCAUGUGAGUUGCGCCCCCAGGCCAGAGACUUGAGCUGUGGGGCCACAGACAUGGCUCUGGGGAGGGACCCAGAAAUCCAGACACCCCUGGUUCAGUCCGCCCUAGUGAGGAUCAGGGUAGAGGGUAUGACGUGCCAGUCGUGUGUGCGGUCCAUAGAGGGGCGCUUGGGCCUAGUGCCUGGUGUCGUGGCCAUCCAGGUAUCCCUAAGUGACAAGGAAGCAACAGUGACCUUUAACCCUGGACAGGUGGGUCCAGAGGAGCUGAGGACACACAUUGAAGACAUGGGGUUUGACGCUGUCCUCACGAGCAGCUCCGUUCUGCCCUCCUCCCAUGGAAGGAAGCUAGAAGAGGAAACAGUAGUUGGGGACGUGGCAGUGACUCUGGGUGUUGAUGGGAUGCAUUGUGGGUCUUGUGUGAACAACAUCCAAGAGCAUGUAUCUGGACUCAUGGGGGUCUGCUCCGUCAGUGUCUUAUUGGAAACCAGAAGCAUGGACCUUGUGUACGAUACCUCACUGGUCACCUUGGAGACAGUGAAAGGGCUUGUGGAAGGAAUCCCACCUGGUAAUUUCCGUGUGACCUUGCCGGCAGAACAUGAAGCAGCGACUGGGAGAACAGCUCUCACAGAAAUUACCCCGAGCUCCCAACACCUGAACUUUGCACCCACGCCACCAACUACAGACAGCGUCCCUCUCCUGGCAGUUACCAUUGGAAUCUCAGGGAUGACCUGCAACUCAUGUGUGCAGUCCAUUGAAGGGAUGAUAUCCCAGAGACCCGGAGUUCUGUCCAUCAGGGUCUCAUUAACGGAGGAAAAGGGAAUGGUGACCUUUAACCCCACUCUGACCAGUGCAGAAGAGCUAAGGGACAACAUUGAGGAUAUGGGGUUUGAGGCCAAGCUCGAGAAAGAGUCCAUCUCCACAGACAAAAGAACAACCACUAAAUCCAACUCCAAAAGCUUUCCUCACCGUAGUCCCCAGCCAUCUGAUGACUUAGCAGCUAAAGUGGCCAGCGACCAGCAGCCGUGUGAAGGGACCACCCAGAAGUGCUUUAUCCGUGUGACUGGCAUGACCUGUGCCUCCUGUGUGGCCAACAUUGAGCGCAGCCUCCUCAAACACAAAGGUGUGAUGUCUGUUCUGGUAUCCCUGAUGGCGGGAAAGGCAGAGGUCCGGUAUGACCCAGAGGUGCUGGAUGAUGUUCAAGUCAGUCGGCUCAUAUCUGGCCUCGGCUUUGGUGCUACACUCAUGGAGAUCAGUGCAGUCACUGAUGGGAAACUGGAUCUCUCUGUGACUGGCAUGACUUGUGCAUCAUGUAUCCAUAACAUUGAAAACAAACUGCUCAGGACUAGGGGUGUUUUUGAGGUCUCAGUGUCUCUGGCAACCAAAAAGGCUCACAUAAAGUUUGACCCAGAAAUACUUGGUGCCAGGGACAUCAUCAGAAGCAUUGAGGCUUUGGGCUUUGGAGCAUCUCUGAUCAAAAGUGACGGUUUUGGAAAAAAUGAAGCAUUGGACCACCGGGCGGAGAUUCAACAAUGGAAGCAGUCCUUCCUGUUCAGCCUGGUGUUUGGCGUCCCAGUGAUGGGCCUGAUGAUCUACAUGAUGGUGAUGGACAGCCAACACCAUGAACAUGGCGGCUCCAUGCCCCAUGGGCAGAAUGUGCUCCCCGGGCUCUCCAUCCUUAACCUUGCCUUCUUCCUUCUCUGCACACCUGUGCAGAUCUUUGGGGGCCGGUAUUUCUACAUUCAGGCAUACCGGUCACUGAAGCACAAAGUGGCGAAUAUGGAUGUCCUGAUCGUAUUGGCCACCACCAUCGCGUACAUCUACUCCUGUGUUGUCCUAUUGGUUGCCAUGACAGAGAAGGCGGAGAAAAGCCCCGUCACCUUCUUUGACACUCCCCCCAUGCUGUUCGUCUUCAUCGCUCUCGGGCGAUGGCUGGAACACGUUGCCAAGAGCAAAACGUCUGAGGCGCUGGCCAAACUCAUGUCCCUGCAAGCGACUGAUGCCACCAUAGUUACCCUGGGUCCUGACCACUCCAUCAUCAGGGAAGAGCAGGUCUCUGUGGAUCUGGUCCAGAGGGGGGACGUGGUGAAGGUGGCUCCUGGAGGGAAGUUCCCUGUGGAUGGGAAGGUGAUCGAGGGCAGCUCCAUGGCCGAUGAAUCUCUCAUCACAGGUGAGCCCAUGCCCGUCUGUAAGAAGGCGGGCAGCUGUGUGAUUGCGGGCUCCAUAAAUGCCCACGGAGCGCUGCUGGUGGAAGCUACUCACGUCGGGGCGGACACCACUCUCAGCCAGAUAGUCAAACUGGUCGAGGAGGCCCAGACAUCUAAGGCGCCUAUCCAACAAUUUGCUGAUAAACUGAGUGGCUAUUUCGUCCCAUUCAUCAUGGUUGUUUCUGUGGUCACCCUGGUGGUCUGGCUCAUCAUAGGCUUUCUGGACUUUGACGUUGUUGCUGAAUAUUUCCCAGGCUACGAUAAGAACAUUCAUCGCACAGCUGUGAUUGUGCGCUUCGCCUUCCAGACCUCCAUCACGGUUCUGUCAAUCGCCUGCCCCUGCUCCCUGGGCCUGGCAACCCCGACUGCUGUGAUGGUGGGCACAGGGGUUGGCGCCCAGAACGGCAUCCUCAUCAAGGGCGGGGAGCCCCUGGAGAUGGCACACAAGAUCAAGACAGUGAUGUUUGAUAAGACGGGCACCAUCACCAACGGAGUGCCACUGGUGACGAGGGUACUGGUGCUGUGGGACAAGGCCCGCAUGCCUCUCCGGAAGGUUCUGGCCGUCGUGGGCACCGCUGAGGCCAGCAGCGAACACCCACUGGGUCUGGCUGUCGCCAAACACUGCAAACAGGAGCUGGGCACAGAGACUCUGGGGUUCUGCCAUGACUUUCAGGCAGUGCCCGGCUGCGGAAUAAGCUGCAGGAUCUCCAACGUGGACGAGCUGCUGCGUACCCUGGACCAGGCAACCAGUGACUCCGAGGACCAUAUCACCAUAGAAGGGGCCACGACGGACGAGAGUAGCCUGCUCACUGGCCCAGAGACUGGAACGUACUCGGUGCUGAUUGGUAACAGAGAGUGGAUGAAGCGUAAUGGUCUACACAUCACCACUGAUGUGGAUGAAGCCAUGACCAGCCAUGAGACCAAAGGCCAGACUGCAGUCCUAGUGGCCAUAGACGGGGUGCUGUGUGCCAUGUUGGCCAUAGCCGACACGGUGAAGGCCGAGUCUGCACUGGCCGUCCGCACCCUGAAUAGCAUGGGCAUUGAUGUUGUCAUGAUCACAGGAGACAACCGUCGCACCGCUAAAGCUAUCGCCACACAGGUGGGCAUCAGGAAGGUGUUUGCAGAGGUGCUGCCAUCUCACAAGGUGGCCAAGGUACAGGAGUUACAGGAGCAGGGCCUGAAAGUAGCCAUGGUGGGCGAUGGCGUCAACGACUCGCCCGCUCUAGCCCGCGCUGACCUUGGUAUCGCCAUCGGAACGGGCACCGACGUUGCCAUCGAGGCCGCCGACGUGGUUCUGAUCAGGAAUGAUCUGAUGGAUGUGGUUGCCAGUAUUGAGCUCUCAAAGAAAACGGUCAAGAGGAUUCGUAUUAAUUUUGUCUUUGCUCUCAUAUACAACCUGUUUGGAAUCCCAAUUGCUGCAGGAGUAUUCAUGCCAGCUGGUCUGGUGCUGCAGCCUUGGAUGGGCUCAGCAGCAAUGGCAGCCUCCUCUGUGUCAGUGGUGGUCUCCUCAUUAUUGCUCAGACUGUACAAGAAGACCCCGGUGGAGAUGUUUGAGCUUCGAGCCCAGGGCCACACGAAGAGCAUCAACCCCUCUGAGGUGAGCGUCCACGUGGGCCUGGAUGACCGCCACCGCACCCCCCCACCUGGCCGCCACACCUGGGACAGGCAGAGCCAGGGCAGCUAUCUCCCGGGGUCCCCUUGACCGUCCUCCUCUUCCUCAGCCCAGGACCGGCGCUCUCUCCUAGAUGAUGAAGGAGGUGUGGACUUGAUUGUGUGACCUUGCUUCCUUCCAAGGAUGCACAUACAAGAGGAUGCCUUUGAUUACGGUUCUUGGGACCAACUUGGGACCAUCUGCCCCAUACACCCCUGUACACUGAGGGUGAGUAAGGAGGAGGGGGCAAUCAGAAUGACAGUUUACUUAAAAGCCAGCAUCCUGACCACAUUCAGGCACAUUCUAGUACCUACAGGGACCUGGGUUCGAUUCCGAGCCAAGGUCAUUUCUUGAUCUCACCCUCAUCCUUCUUUCCCAUUCACUUCCUGUUAGUCUUCACUGUCCUCUCAAAUAAAGGCAAAAACAUAAUUUAAAUUCCAAUGAAAGGGAUCAUUCUGGAUGGCUAUGAAGACACCAGGAAUGGAAGAGACAUCUGAAUACUCAACAACUUUUAGGACAACUAUAUCAGAGGACAAUACUGUUUGCAACAGUGUUUAAUGUGGAAAAUCAUUUAAUUUACAUUGUAUCAGUUAAUGCAUUUUCACAUCUCAAUCAUCAAAUAAAUGUUUAAAGAUUUUACCAAAAAAGAAAUCUCUUUCCCCCUUGAUGCAUGUGGUAGCCAAGCAUUUAAUAAUCUCCCAAACCUUUAGCUUCCAUAAUGGCCCCUAUGUAUAAAUAUAGGGGCCAUUAUGGAAGCUAAAGGUUUGGGAGGGCACAAUUAGAGUCUUCUCUUAUGACGUGCUCACCUACAACAACUCUGUUUAUACAUAUAUAAUACAGCACAUGUGCUUAAUAUACCCCAAAUUCCUUUAAAACCCAAGGAUCUGUCACACAGAUCGGCAUCUGCUGAAUUUGCAGGUGUCUUACCCUUUGCUUCGAUGGAGACUUUAAAAAAAUGGCAUUAGCAAGAGUGGGUAGCAUUCAUUUUGCAUAAAGGUUUAAGAGGACCAACGAAAGAUCUCUUUAAGUGGUUUAAAAGACAAUAUAUGUGACCACAUGAUUUACAUCCUGCAUUCAAGAGACUAUUGAUGUUGUUUUGUUUUUCUCCCAGCAUUGGUUCAAAUAAAGACGUGUAACGAUACAUA